UGCCUAUGAGUAUGAGACAGUCGGUGAACACUUAUGCAUCGCUGCUUUCUGGGCUGGGGGGGGGGCGCGGCACAGGGCCAUGCACGCACACAGAUAAUGGUGCCCGGUUCCUCUCAGUGACCGCAGAGCAGUAGCGUUCCACGUGUCCUGCGCGCACGAAGAGCCGUUAACUCAUAGCAACACGCUCCGUGUGUGUUGUUCUUCUAUUUUAAUUCGCUUCGGCUGUGUUUUCCGACAUGGGGUGCUCUUCAUCCAGCGCCCAGACCCUCGACCAAGAGAACAGACCGGGUACGAAGCCGGAGGAGAACCAUGGCGACCCGCUGGCCGCCGGAAACGGCUUCAUUGCAGAAGACUCACAAACCAUUGAGAACCAGAUGCAGUUGCCUGUGCAGAUGAUCCUACCAGAUGAUCUCCAUCAGGGAGUCAAUGAGGAGACGGAGGCCGCCUUGAUAGCCCUGGAGGCCCAGGAGGAUCUCGGCUCUGGGGAAGACCUCCUAACCGAUUUAGGGCCUCAACCAGAACCCGUCAGCCCUGCAGCACCGACUCCAAAGGCUGUAGUUGUGGACUCCCUGCAGCCUGUAGAGGAAGCUGUGCAUUUAGGAAGUGUAGUGCCCGAGGUCGCAAGGGAGGACCGAGUCCUUGUUAAGGCGUCAGAGGACGUCCCUGCUGUUGAAGCCGUUGUGCAGAGCGAGGCCCCUGAUGUUGAAGCCGUUGUGCAGACCGAAGCCCCUGAUGUUGAAGCCAUUGUGCAGACCGAGGCCCCUGAUGUUGAAGCCGUUGUGCAGACCGAAGCCCCUGAUGUUGAAGCCGUUGUGCAGAGCGAAGCCCCUGAUGUUGAAGCCGUUGUGCAGACCGAGGCCCUUAAUGUUGAAGCCGUUGUGCAGACCGAGGCCCCUGAUGUUGAAGCCGUUGUGCAGAGCGAAGCCCCUGAUGUUGAAGCCGUUGUGCAGACCGAGGCCCCUGAUGUUGAAGCCAUUGUGCAGACCGAGGCCCCUGAUGUUGAAGCCGUUGUGCAGACCGAAGCCCCUGAUGUUGAAGCCGUUGUGCAGACCGAGGCCCUUAAUGUUGAAGCCGUUGUGCAGACCGAGGCCCCUGAUGUUGAAGCCGUUGUGCAGAGUGUAGCUGAGGAGAUGACCCCUGAGCUGCCGAAGGCCUCCCCUAAUGCCGCCGCCCCAGUUGAUCAAUCUGAGCCACGGGAGGCUUCAGCGAUGGUGGAAGAGGCGGUGGGCAAGGAUCCUACUUCAGUACUCGCCCCUAUGGAGGCAGAGGUUCUAACUGACACUGAUGCACCAGCUAUUGUCUCUACAGCACCGGGUGAAGCUUUGGCACCAGCACCAAGUGAGGCUGCUGCAGCAGGUGUAGGUGUAGCAGCAGGUGGUGCUGCAGCCCCGGGUGAAGGUGUAGCAGCAGGUGAUGUUGCAGCACCGGGUGACGGUGCACUACCUGAACAGGCUGAAUCCUCACCCCAAGUAAAGGCAGCACAGCUCCUGAUAGAUACAAUGAUUGCUGCAGCAACUAUUCCAGAGAUGCCUCCAUUGUCUCCAGUAACUGUUGAGGAGGCCACAGCACCUCCUUCAGCUUCAGCAGAGAGCCCGGCAUCAGCAGAGCUCUCAUGCCCUGCUGAAGCCGGGUCUACUCCAGCUCCAGGGGCUGAAUCUGCUACUGCCGGUGCUGCUUCUGCUGAGGAGGUCCAGGAGGCUCAAGUUCCAAAAGCUCUAUUGGAAACUGCAACAGACUGUGCAGCCCCAGCGGAGGGUCCCAUGGUGGAGUCGACCCCAGCUGAAGCACCCCAAGUUCCUGAGCCUUCAGCUGAAGUGAUUUCUCUAGCAGAGGCCUCUCGAGGUACGGCGAGCGGAAAGGGCAAAAAGGGGGAUUGAGUUGAGAGAAGAUUGUACCAAAAUAAGAGAGAACCCCAAAGCUGCCUGUAAGGGAACAAAGACGAGACAAAGCAAUAACGUUACAUUUUUUACUACGUCAUCAUCAUUCUCCUCACAAGAUUUACUAAUGAGCAUCGCGCCUUAAUAUCACGACGUUCUUCUUCACCUGUAAAUUCAAACCUGUCUUAUUUUAUGGAAACCUAAGUGCCUUAUGCCACAUACUUUACUCACACACAGACCUGUGCAAGAAGAUAUUUGAAAAACACUUAAUGGGUACGAGGGGUGCAAAAUUCUUUAAAACAGCUGCUUCUAAGGAAUACAAGCCAAAUGCAACUGUGAAAAGCAUUCUGGACUUGAGGUGAGGGCAACCCCAAACAGGGAGGAUGAACAGCACCGUGUGCUGUAUCCCCUGCAUUAGGGAUUUUAAAAGAUCAUGUUCCCACAGAUAACAUUUUUUUAGCGGCAUUAUGCCUAAAUACCGCCAUAAAUACAUGUUUUUAUUUGGUGUUCUACAUGUUAUACAAUUGAAGCCUGUUUUUAAUUAAUAGAAUAUUGGUUAAUGUUGAGUCUGUGUAACACUGAUAAGGCCUACUGUAUGUCAAAUCGAGGUUAAGAAAUGCAUACAGAUAAGAUCCAAAAGCUUAGUCAUCCCAUCAUCAGUUACUGCCCGGUUGAGGAGGCAGAUGCUCCCAAUACUGGUACGUUGUCUUGAUGUUCCAUCAUUUAGUGCAGCUAUUAAUGACACUGUCUCCCUGGGGAGGAAAGCGUUUCCACAUCUAAACUUAGAGGCCAUACAACAAUGGAGUGCCUUACGUACAUCUCACUUCAGCGCGCAAAAUGAUCAAGUGAUUUAAUUGCUCUUGAGAUCAAAACCUGAGACAAAAGAGAGCGCUUCCCUGUGUUACGGAAGUUAAGUUCUGUAAAUGCAAGAUAAUGUGAUGAUUUUUCCCAAAGGAAAGGUGAAACAAUGCGAUCAUUUCUACUGAAGCCAUACUUAUAUACAUAUAAUUACGAUAAUAUUUUAUCGUUGUUAUAUUGAGAUAACAAAUCUUAUUUUUACAUGGUACAAAGUUUAAUGGAUUAUGGAAAAAAGAGAGGGCGGAUUUCUAAAGAUAAUGAGGGUAUUCAUCACAAGAACCUUUUUUUUUGAAAGACAAAAUCAUUAUUGGGGCCUAACAAUUAGUGAUUCAUUUGAUCACACUGUUCAUCUAAGUAAUUAUUGCUAUUAUCUAUUUGCAUCCAGACCAUUUUUUCUCCCUUGUUAACUGAUCCCUUUCUCUAACAGACACAUUUUAGAAGUAAUGACAGGAAUUUGCAUUUUGUAAAUCUGGUUUCCUCAACAUACACAAUUGUAUUAUUAACUUCUUGAUUUUGAUUAUGGAACGAGAUUACCUGGUGGAUGUGAUUUUAUUGUAAUUAUUGGUCAUACAUGCGGUGUCAUGAAAGGGUAAAGCUUUAGAAGGUGAUUUUAUUUGUGUAGGACGUGAUGUACGCUGUACUUUUUUCUCACCUGUUUCUAUAAUAUCAUUAUAUGAUCUUUUUUUGAUUCUGCUAACUUAGUGUACAGAAUAAAGUUUUCCUGACUAAUUCAUGUGCUUUUUAAAAUGGAAUAGGACUUGAUUUUUAGUUAUGAAAACCACCGUGUUUCAUGUGUUCAAAAACACAUGUCACGUGAUGAGCCAUCCUGGGAAUGCAAGUCUGAAUGCAGAGCCGACAAAGCUUUGACAAAAAUCAUUUCCAAGAUGUGUGCAGUGAGAAAGAAGGUUGGUGUCAGUAAGGGUUUGGCUCUGUCACACCAUUUUAUCAGCCUUUUCAGGUACGUAGAUGUGAACACGGGAUAAUUGGUGGAGGGCUUGGAGAUGUAUAAAAGUUAACAAAAUAUGGACAGAAAAUAUUAAGGCUCAAAGACAGAAAAAAAAAAAAUCAGACAAUAUUAUCCAAUUAUUCACCAAAUACAGAAUUUGGCAAUUAAAGCUGUUCUGAUGAAAAAAGUACAAAUAUUUGAUAUUUCCUUUCCAUUUCCUUUCCAUCGUAUGAUAAAAGAACAUGUAAAAAGUUUAAAUGAGGGAGUAAAAAGUCUAGUAUACACACAUUGGUACAUCAUGUUUCUUUAUGCUGUCAUGGUGAUGAGAUAUGUUGCAGAAAAAUCUUUUCUUCAUGUUUGUACAUUUAGGAUUUACAGUGUAUACCUCGCCAACACUAGUGAAGUCAUUUGGUCCAAAUCCAUUUGGUUUUGACAAGGAGACCUUGAUAAAGUGGAUGUGAGGAACCUUCUACCACUUGUGAACAUGACUUUUUCUCCUCUCUGUUGUCAUAUCUACAUCCAGCCACUUCCGGGAUUCCCCCCAUAUUCAUAAGAGCCUUUGAGAAAACAAUUUCCAGUUGUCAGAGCAUGCUGCUCAUUUGACCGAUAGAAAGAUAGAAAAGGGAGAAAUUUACUCCAAUGUAAUUCUGUGCAUACAUGUAUUAGCCUGUUGUUGAAUAGAAGAGAUUCAUUUACCGACCAGAACAAAGUGGUGCAACCAGAAACCACGUUCCACCUUUUUAUUUAACAUUUGUUGAAAUUACAGUUACACUUCAACUCUAAUAAAUGUAAUUACAAAAUGUGUUUUUAUACAUUUAUCUACUAUUUAAUAUUUCCAUUACUUUUGGGAAGACAAAACGUAAGUUAACCAAUUUCAAGCACCAAAACAGUUGGCGCUUAUACCACCAGGUGGCAGUAUACAUGUAUUUAAAAACAUUAGUUGGUGAGUUGGUUAGUUAAAUCAUCAAUCAGAAACAAGCAAAUGUUAUUCCAAUUUUCUUUAUUGAUUGUGUGAAUGUACAGUAAUUAUGAGAAAUAUCAGCGCACUGCUAAUACCCAAGAAGAGAAAUGAGCAGUAACUAUCUACAGCUAUGGGAAGCCAUGGCUCUCCCAGCCUCUGGUCAGCAGAUGCUUAACAAGCGUUAGUAUUCCAUAAGCCCACUUUAUCCUAAUAGAUGUACAUUUUUUAAUCUAAACUUAGUUCACAAAAACACAUCUAAAGCAUAGAUCUGUCACAAAGACAUAUUUGGUAUAUAUUACUGGACGCACACAUGUAUGGUAACUCAGUAAAGUCAGCUAGAUAUUCUCAGAUUCAGACUUCACGGUUCAAUAGCUCGUCACCAAAACGACGAUAAAACACAAACAACACCUCCCUGUAACCGUAGUUAUGUCGACAACCAGCUACAAACCAAAUAACGUAUAAUUUGAUCAAUACGGACCAGCACUGUGUACAUUUGUAUUUCCUUCCAUGUCUUCACUUUAGAACAAGUAGCAAAAUCCCUGUCCAAGUAGCUAACAAUGCUCUCCUUGUUAAAUGAGAGAAGAACACUUUGAAGUAGUGCCCAGCUCUAGUCAGUUUCAACCUGGUGUACUCCUUAGUUUUGUGUACUGUGACAACUUUCUGAUGAACUGCAUCAGCCAGAAAGUGAUUGGUGUUAUUGAGUGCUCAUUUGUUAAAAGUUCACAGUAGUGAUGUGAGGUUCGGAUCUUUUUACUGACUCGGUUCUUUGAUUCUCGUUCAGUAAAAAGACCGAAUCUUUUUUCGGGUCAUUCGUUCAUUUCAACGGGGGGUCAAUUCCACGGCCAAAUAGCCUAUUCUCAUGUAGGGCAUUUCAUAAGCUGUUUGUACUUAGGAAGUUCAUGGCGGAGGUUUAUCCGGGUUGGUCCGCUCCAAACGCCGAAUCGGGUCGGCGAGUGUCCGCUGUGCCUCCUGCACGUAGCCCGGCGGCGGCAUGUAAACAAACACCGACCAGGAUGAAAGAAGCGAAAUCACGGGGGAGUAAACUGUUUGCAGUUAAUGAUAAAACAAAUCCUAGUGAUAGGUCGUUGCACAUGUUUGAGUAGAAGCACACUCCGUCUUACCGGCAAGCUCCGUGUCGCGGUCCGCUCCGAGCAGCUGGAAGCCCGCCAGCUGGAGCGCGGAGUCCGGUAUCGAUCGACGGAGCCACCGUGAAGCACAACACGGGGGAUGUAGAAACAUUUCGGCUGA